AUGAUUAUAAUUCGUCAAAACGUCCCAUGCUUUAUCUUUUUUGCUGUUCGAACAAUUAUUGUAUUUUUGAUACCGGAUCGAUAUGAUUAUUUGAAGACACUUUUGAUUUGUAUCUACAGAAAUGAUAUUGUUUUUAUUAUUCCAUUCACUUAUACUAUUACCAAUUUUCAACGAAUAAAAGAAAUCUUCUGUCGGAAAUCAAGAAUUGGCGUUUUGGUAUCUACAACCGAUGGUAGAGCCAAUGCAACUUGA